AUGGAGAGGAACGGCUGCUCUGCGCUCGCGCUUCUCCUCCUCCUUAGCGUUGUGGCCUGGACGGAAGCCGAGGUUGAAAAAACUAUUUUCUUUCCUUCUCAGAAGCUGACAUGGGAGAAAGCAAGACAGUACUGCCAGAAGCACCAUAUAGACUUGGUCACCUGGGACACGGUGGACCCAAACCUGCUGACGACGUGGCUGCUGGAAGAAGGCUUCAUUAAUGUCUGGAUUGGUUUACACAGGGAUCCUGAGGAGUCAUUGGUCUGGAGGUGGAUCAAUGUGAAAACUGGUAUAGGCUUGACUGGUGAUGACGUCUCUCGCAGCAGGAACUGGGGUUUGGCCCAGGCAAUCGGCGCCAGCUGUGGCUCCUACAACAGCCUCACCAAAACGUGGGAAAGCUCCCUCUGCUCUUUGGAGAAGCCCUUCGUCUGCUACGCUGACAACCUGGUUGUAGUGACUGAGAACAAAACAUGGGAGGAUGCUCUGAAUCACUGCAGGGAAAUGACAAACAAGUCCUUCAAAUUCGACCUCCUGAGCGUCACCAACUCGUCUGACUACGGCUACGUCAGCGAUCGGCUCUACAGAGCCACCACCGACGAGGUUUGGACAGGACUGCGUUUCCUGGGAGGGGAGUGGUGGUGGUCCGACGGAGAGUCGUUGGACCACCAGGAGAUGCUGCCGGACUGUCCGAGCCAGUGGCAACACUGUGGGACCGUCUCCAAGAAUAACACAACUAACUGGACCCGCAGGGACUGCUCAGAAAGAAGAAACUUCAUCUGCUCUUAUGAAUAAGUAGUAAAUCAAGUAGUAAAUCGGGAUGAAAGUGUGCUAUUUGAUUAGGUCCAUGCUUGCUUUCUGCACACGCAGGCUUUUGUUCCGAUAGACGAAUCGUAUUUAUUAGAAAAGUUCAGGAAUGUCCAAAAUGACAUUUUCUUAACUCACACAGGGAGAUCAGAGAGGUUAUAUCACCUGCAUGUACUUAGGGGUGAGAAGCAUUAUUUGGAUGAACAUUCAUUGGGAGCAAGCUUGACUUAUGUCAUCAACUGUGACCCGUUGGUUUCUUUCAUGCGGCUGCACUGGGGCACAGUGGGUAAGACUUUCUGCAACAAUAACUUUUCAUGUUCUUCCAGCAGGCGUCCUCAAAGGACACUCUGAUAUGGGCAUGUUGGGUGACUUGGUCUCUCUAGAGUGAGCGUGGCUGUUUCUAUUGUGUGCAGAUUUCAGCUUUAUUAAAUACAACUCAGUUAAGUUUCAUUUAGUUUGGCUACACUGAAUCAAAACUUGUUGAGUUCAUCUGAACUGAACUGACUCAGUCUGAUUUGAACUGGACUGAAUUAAUGAAAGUUAUAUAUAUAAAAAUGACCUGAAGGGAAAUGAUUUGAAUAGAACUGGACUGAAAUCAACAGAGUUUAUUUGAUUUCAAUCUAACGAAAUUAAAAUUGUGUGAAUGAACGUUUAGCAUUAAACUAAAGUUUGCAACUUGGUCU